UCGAGACACUCCCACUUCUUGGUGCUUUUAUCACUGACAUCCAAAUGGGACAGAAGCAUAUUUAAUGAAAGUCACAGGGUGAGAAGGUUGCUUUUCUGCCUUGCUUCUCUUUGCAGAAGGAAUUCUACAGGGAGAAGAUGCAGACCUUUCUGGAGCUAAGCAACAAGGCAAAGAUGCCCAUCCUCGGACUGGGCACAUGGCAGGCUCCUUUAGGGGAAGUGAGAGAUGCAGUGAAGCUUGCUAUUGAUGUUGGAUACCGGCAUUUUGACUGUGCCUACUUGUACGAGAAUGAAGGGGAGAUUGGAGAGGCAAUCCAGGAGAAGAUAAAUGAACAGGCUGUGGCACGAGAGGAUCUGUUUGUCGUCAGUAAGCUGUGGUGUACGUUUCAUGAGAAAUCCUUGGUGAAAGGAGCAUGUCUAAAAACUCUUGCAAAUCUAAAGCUGGAUUAUCUGGACCUCUACCUAAUGCACUAUCCCAUGGGAUUCAAGCCUGCAGAGGAGUUUUCCCCCGAAGAUGAGAAUGGCCUGAUUGUGCCCAGUGAUACAGAUUAUCUGGACACAUGGCAGGCUAUGGAGGAACUAGUGGAUGCAGGUCUGGUGAAAUCCAUCGGAAUUUCUAACUUUACUUGUGAGCAAAUGGACAGGCUCUUGAAUAAGCCAGGGUUAAAAUACAAGCCAGUGAAUCACCAGAUUGAGAGUCACCCAUACCUGCCUCAGGAAGAGCUGAUCAAUUUCACCCACUCCAAAGGGAUUUCUGUCACUGUAUAUUGUCCUCUUGGGGCUCCCAACUGGCCAUGGCCAGCAACAUCUGUGGGUUCUUCCCUCUUGGAUGACCCCGUGGUCAAAGAAAUUGCGGCCAAACACAAGAAGACUUCCGCUCAGAUUUUGAUCCACCUUCAUAUCCAAAGAAACUUGGCUGUCAUCCCCAAGUCAGUUACUCCACAUCGCAUUAAAGAGAAUUUUGAGGUGUUUGACUUUAAAUUGAGCCAAAAGGAAAUGGAGACUCUGCUCAGCUUCAAGAAGAGGCACAGGAUCUGUGCACUCGAGUGGUGCAGGAAUCAUAAGGAUUACCCUUUCAAGGAAGAUCAUCCUUACAAGCAAGAUUGUAAAAAAUGACAUUUGACUCUGGAAGGUGACAAAGCAAUCUUCUGUAAGCCUUGGAUGAGCCAAGGUAGCAAAGCUAUUGUGGCCUGCAUAGCACAAUUACUUAUCAUGUACUUCUCAGCACCUUAAACUCAUAUGCAACAGCGAUUUCAUAUGCACCAAGCAAGUUACCUUCCCUUUAGUACUUGCUGAUCGUUACAGCUUUAGCUACUGAUUUGUAGUUCUAUUCUAGUUGUAGAAUAGAACAAUAUCGGACCUCUGAAAAGUAUAAGCAUGCAUAUGUAUUCAGUACUUGGUUUGGGCCCCUUUUGCAGCAAUUACUGCCUCAAUGCAGCGUGGCAUGGAUGCUAUCAGCCUGUGGCACUGAUGAGGUGUUAUGGAAGACCAGGAUGCUUCAUUAGUGGCCUUCAGCUUUACUGCAUUGUUUGGUCUCAUGUCUCUCAUCCUUCUCUUGGCAAUGCCCCAUAGAUUCUCUAUGGGGUCAGGUCAGGCGAGUUUGCUGGCCAAUCAAGCACAGUACACUGUAUACUUUUCAGAGGUCCGAUAUUGUUCUAUUCUACAAUCCUUGUCUUCUUGGUUCCAUGUAAUAUUCUAAUUUUCUGGGUUUGUGGAUUUGGGGUUUUCAUGAGCUGUACGCCAUGAUCAUCACAAUUAUAAUAAAUUAAGGCUUGACUUAUCUCGCUUUGCAUGUAAUGCGUCUGUCUCAUAUAUCAGUUUCACCUUUUAAUUUCCAUUACUGAAAUUAAUGGACUUUUGCACAAUAUUCUAAUUUUCCGAGUUUCACCUGUAUAUGGCCAUGUAAAUGGGUGAAUGUCUGUUUGUCUGUGGUUUCUGCAAGUGACACUGUAUAAGCAAGCAGAAGGUAGGAGGGAGUGCAGUGCAGCUACCAGCAUUGGUAGUGCCCAGUAACUAAAAAAUUGAGCUAAGCAGGGUCUGCCCUGGUUGCAUAUGAAUGGGAGACUAGAAGUGUGAGCACUCUAAGAUACUCCCCUCAGGGGAUGGAGCCACUCUGGGAAGAGUAUCUAGGUUCCAAGUUCCGUCCCUGGCAUCUCCAAGAUAGGGCUGAGAGAGAUUCCUGCCUGCAACAUUGGAGAAGCUGCUGCCAGUCUGUGAAGACAAUACUGAGCUAGAUGGACCAAUGGUCUGACUCAGUAUAUGGCAGCUUCCUAUGUACCAGGCACCAUUGUAGUUAGGUCCAUGUGUACAGUAGCCCCACAAAAGUGGGAGAAAACAAAGGCAAAACCAUUCCUUAUACUAAUAAUAAUUCCUUAUACUCAAAGAGAUGCAACACUCUUUUGUUCUGGUUAUCAUCUUACGAAAGCUGCAGGCUCCCCUCUCUAGAGCUAGAAAAUCUCUUGCAUUUAGCAGAGACAUAAUGUUCUGUUUAAUGAGACAUCCCUAGUACUGGCACAGGAUCUGCCCAGAGCGCCAAUUCGAAAUCCUUUGGGCAAAAUCCAUAUUGAAGAGUUUUUAAGUUAGAGCUUUGAACACUGAAGCUUGUUUAACUCAAUCUGUACUUGUUAGCACAGGACACUUGGACCCCACAUGAAAUAGGCAAUUGAGUCAGAUUUUUUUUUAAUUGAACAUUAUUAAUAUUAUUUUACUGGAAUAGCGUUUCUAGUGCUUUGUACUAGAAACAGAUGGUAUCUGACUCGCGCAGAUUUGAAACCCUAUAGAAAUUGACAUUCCCUCUCUAGUAUAUUCUAUUCUUGCAUCUUUUCCCUUCAGCUCAAAGCCUCUAGUAGUACAAUUCCAGAAAACGUGAUAUGGACUAGUUUGCCUUAACAGUUGCAUCAACACAAGAUGCCAUGGUUUCCAGAGGGAGAACCCUGUUAUUCCCUUAGAAGGAAACAGUCUUGCAGCAUAAACAUUUAUGGAAAGAAAGCAACACAUACACACACACUGAGAAUUUAUUUUAUUUUAUUUAUUACAUUUAUAUCCCGCUCUUCCUCCAAGGAGCCCAGAGCGGUGUACUACAUAUUUGAGUUUCUCCUCACAACAACCUUGUGAAGUAGGUUAGGCUGAGAGAGAAGUGACUGGCCCAGAGUCACCCAGCUAGACAGGCCCAGCGUGGUGUAGUGGCUAGAGUGCCGGACUAGGGCCGGGGAGACCCGAGUUCAAAUCCCCAUUCAGCCAUGAUACUAGCUGGGUGACUCUGGGCCAGUCACUCUCUCUCAGCCUAACCUACUUCACAGGGUUGUUGUUGUGAGGAGAAACAUAAGUAUGUAGUACAUCAGCUCUUCUGCAUUGUUAGGUCUCAUGUCUCUCAUCCUUCUCUUGGCAAUGCCCCAUAGAUUCUCUAUGGGGUUCAGGUCAGGCGAGUUUGCUGGCCAAUCAAGAACAGUACACUGUAUACUUUUCAGAGGUCCGAUAUUGUUCUAUUCUACAAUCCUUGUCUUCUUGGUUCCAUGUAAUAUUCUAAUUUUCUGGGAUUGUGGAUUUGGGGUUUUCAUGAGCUGUACGCCAUGAUCAUCACAAUUAUAACAAAUUAAGGCUUGACUUAUCUCGCGUUGCAUGUAAUGCGUCUGUCUCAUAUAUCAGUUUCACCUUUUAAUUUGCAUUACUGAAAUUAAUGGACUUUUGCACGAGAUUCUAAUUUUCCGAGUUUCACCUGUAAUUCAGUUGCUUUUGUUGCUGUGGUAUUUGAGAGAGAAUCUCGUUGGGAGACUCUCAGCCGAUCUGCCAGAGUGGGAAGGGCAGCAAUUCUUGGCCUGGAGAUUGUAAGCUACAAAUAUGGAGGAGUAUGGGAGGGGGGAAAACUGAAGAGACAUAAUAGUCUCCAUUCCAGAGAACAUUAAGUACUGCAGUGAUCCAAUGGAGUGUGCCAAAUUAAACAUUUCAACUCUCA